UUUUCCAUAAAUACCCUUCAAUCUUCCUUCAAUAUCCCUUGCACCUUUUCGCCUUGUAUUUUUUCAAACCAUAAUCUGCAGCUUCAAAGGAAAACAGCAAAAAGAAGAAAAAAAGAAAAAUCCCAGCUGACUUCAGAUAGAUUGCUGCAAUCCCUUUUCUCCAGGAAUUGGGAAUAGGUUUUCUGCUGCAUCCUGAGCUCUUUCUUUACCAGGACAUUCAUGUCCUGCUGGCAAUCAGUCAGUUGACUGAUUGCCAACAGAGCACAUGAGUGACCAAAGUGCAUUAAUGCCUAUCAAAGCCUUGGAGGGUAUACACGGAGUACAACUGGUUCCUAAUUCACCAUUUACAUUUGAAGUGAUAAAACAUGAGGAUUUACAGCAGUCAACCUGCGAAAGUUUGACUGUUGGGACUAGCCAACAGCUAAUAUUGCAGAGAGCAUGGCGGCAAAGGCCUCCUUGUCUUAGGCCUAUUCACUCUUGCGCAUCUGGUGAUAAGACUAUUGUAGAGAGGAUAGCUAAUGUGCUUACAUCACUUCCUUUUAUUGCUCUUGGACUUCAGACACCAAGGAAGAAUCUAAACUGUAAACUUUAUGCCAAUUCCUUAAUUGGAGUAGGGCUUGCCUCCAGCUUGUACCAUGCUUCGAGAGGAAAACUAAGGAAAUAUCUGAGAUGGGCUGACUACACAAUGAUAGCCACAACAACAGUGUGUUUGUCAAGGGCACUGCACGCUGAGAACCCAAAGUUGCUCAUGGCAGCCUCUGCUGUAUUCCUGCCAAUCCAGCCUUUGAUGGUUUCUGCAGUACAUACUGGGAUGAUGGAGGUUGCUUUUGCAAAAAGAGCAUUUCAAGAUCCAGAACUGAGGAUGGCACACAAUGUACAUAAGAUGUCAUCACUUUUGGGGGGUGCACUUUUCAUUGCUGAUGAUGUCUUCCCUGAAACUCCCUUCCUUCAUGCUGGUUGGCAUCUAGCUGCUGCUGUUGGAGUUGGCACUUGUAACAAGCUUUUAGAGCAACUUCAGAAUUAAUAAAUUAAUUUGUCGAAAAUACUUCAAUUCCUGAUAUAGAGCGUAGUUUAUCAUUGAUCAGAAAGCUGAAACUUGUUCAAUAUCCCCAUAAACUUCAGAUUAAAAUGUAAUAAUAUAUUUAUUAGGUUAGGGGUACCGUCAGCUGUGGGUUCUGUAGUAUGCCUUUAUAGUCUAAAACGGUGGCAAUCUUCGUUGCCUUGUACUUUACAAAAUCAGUGGAUUCAUUGAAGAAACGAAUUAUUUGUACUUGCCCUUCUGUUUGUAUUUUGGUGAAGCAUGUAAGAUUUCUCA